AUAUCUAUUUAUCUGUCUAAAACCAACCAAACUUACAUCAUCAAACCUGAUGUAAUGGAUAAAUGUUAACAGUAAAGUGGUUACCAUAAGCCUGGUGUUCUGUCGGGGGCAGUGUGGAUACAGCACACUGAGGCAGUAUGGUGGACAUUUUACUGAGCCAUCUAUACUUUCCAGUUUUAAAGUUAGGUGCCCAUUCACAGCUGGGUGGACUUGGGUGUCAUCCCGAACACAGAUCAGUGACCUACUGUAUAAGAUAAGAGAUGAAUUUGAUAUAGUCAAGUCCCACUAAAGAGCAACAAUAACAUACUGUAGGUGAGAUGGAGGGGAGUUCUGACUCACAGGACCCACUGUUUAUCCAUGACACAACAGAGAGCCAACAUGCCAAGGUCAACAAUGCCCUGCAGCUGAUGGAAUCUCCGGACGACAGUGAGCGGUCAUCAGUCACUUCUGUUGCCGCCUCUGUUGACACCCCACCGUCCCACAUGCCUGAGCCACGAGUGCCUGACAUCCCUUCGUCCUCUCUAACACAUAAUGCUGUGGAAGAGAACCAUGUACAUAAUGAAGCUACAGAAAAAGGUGGAGGGUGUGAUAGUAAGCCUGGGCUGGUUAAUAGUGUUGGAGAUGGUGACUCAGCCACCAUCAGUAACUCCACUGCCGGGGGACAUCACAUGUGCCACAGUCGAGGGGCCAGCCAGGUCUCCUCCUGUGAAGCUUCCGUGGGUCGUAUGUCGGGUCGGGAUUUAUGUCACAGUCGUGGGGCGAGCACUGAUGGAUCACUAAUGGAUGCCUACGUCUCCUCAGCCACAGACAGCCGGCGUGGCACAUACAGUGAAGCUGGAACAUUGCCUAUUGGGUCAACAAUAAUAGAAGAGAACUCACAAGGCUGGGACAGAGAAUCAGGUGAGAAGAAGCUCUCAGACAGUGAGGACUCCCGUACAAAGUAUUCUCACAAGUUGAUCUCAUCGUGUAAUUGUUGCAAGAAUUUUUUAAGGAGUCAUCAUAAACUACCAGAGCAUCCCACAGUGGGCGAGCUUGUCAAGUACUCCUUCACUUGCCCACCCCAUGGCAGAGUGGGAGACUGUCUCAUAUGGUUGGUGGCAGGCCUGGCAUUGUGGGGUUGUCUGAUCUCCAUUACUGGUGACAUGGCUCUCCCUGGUGGUAACUUCUUCAGCCUCCUGGUACUGUAUGUGAUGGCAAUGCUUGCUGGUAAAGCAGCCAGUUUUGUAGGCUUGCCACCACUGCUGGGUAGCCUGGUGGUGGGUAUACUCUUCAGCAGUAUACCAGGAAUAAAUGCUGUUGGGCACAAUAUUGAUGCAUACUGGUCAUCUUCUUUAAGGAACAUUGCCCUCAUAAUUAUUUUAAUACGUGCUGGACUGGGGUUAGAUCCUGUGGCCUUAAAGAAGUUAAGUUGUACUGUACUGCGUUUAGCUUUCCUUCCAUGUUCAAUAGAAGCAGUAUGUACAGGCGUCGUCUCCAAGUUCUUCCUCGGUCUCCCCUGGAGCUGGAGUUUUAUGCUCGGGUUUAUUGUUGCAGCAGUAUCACCGGCAGUAGUCGUUCCAUGUUUACUGAAGUUAGGCGAAGAGGGUUAUGGUGUGGACAAAGGAAUUCCAACCCUGGUAAUUGCAGCAGCGAGCAUUGAUGAUGUCAUUGCUAUUACUGGCUUCAGUGUUAUGUUGGGAAUAACAUUUGCUGAAGGCUCACUGUUCUGGACCAUACUUAAAGGUCCUGUUGAGAUAUUAGCCGGCAUCAUGUAUGGUAUUGGCUUCGGGUUGUUGUGUUGGUUCUUGCCAUAUAAAGAGAAGGAGAGGCGAGCCACUUACAAGUUUAUCAUCAUCUUUGGCCUGGGUGCUUUAGGCAUGUUUGGCAGCCAUAAGGUUGGUUUGGAAAGUUCUGGCCCCAUUGCAGUGCUGACUCUUGCGUUUGUGGCUGGGUUAGGCUGGCGUAAACCGGGGAAUGAGGACGCUGAUGUAAGUGUUUACUAUCGCACUCUGUGGGAGAUCUUCCAGCCGAUGCUCUUUGUCCUGAUUGGAGCCGAAAUUGAUGUUGCAGUCAUUGAUCCAGGCACUGUUGGCUGGGGGUUGUUGACAUUGGCAAUUUGUCUGUCCCUGAGAGUGGCCACUUCCUUCGUUGUGGUGAUGGGUACCGCCUUCACUGUGUGGGAGCGUUUGUUCAUUGCCAUUGCUUGGCUUCCAAAGGCUACUGUUCAGGCUGCCAUUGGAUCCCAGGCUCUGGAUUAUGUCCGACAACAUGAUGGUGAAAAGGUGGAUUUGAUCCGGGGGCAGCAGAUUGUUACUAUAGCUGUGAUGGUCAUCCUGGUCACUGCGCCCCUUGGAGCUGCAGCAAUCAAACUGACUGGUCCAAGGUUCCUUGCCAAAAAAUUGCCAAAUAGAAAUUUACCAGAUGAUCCUGAAACUACUGUGUAAUAAUAUUUAUAAUAUGUAAUGAGUUCAAUUUUUAUUUUAAAUUUUAAAUUGGAAAUAUUUGUGUGUUCUUGGUCACAGUGUGAAUCUGAAUGACUGAGGCUUAAGUGCCAUGUUUUCCUGUCCUUAUGAUUAAUUUUAUGUAUCAUUCUCAAGUGUUUCAUUUAUUUUACAUUGCAAAAGUUACUUAAGGAAAGAUAUUCCUUUGUUUUAAUACUUCAAAGCUGAAUUAUAUAAUUACGAAUUGUUAAGACUUUUUUAACUACAAAAAGCACUGAGCAAUAAAAAACUACACAAAAAUAUAAGGGUAAUGUGGUAAACAAUGUAGACCCGAGACAAGUGGAGAAGUAAUUGCUUCCAUAGAAAUAUUAUGGCAAAUGUCAACUCUUGUGGUUGUUUAUAAUUGUACUGCUGUGUACCUUAAAUGUACCACUUGGAAAGAAUUUACACUUUCAGAUAAUGUUUUUUAACCUUUUUCCUGUUGCUUCCUACAUUUGUUUACAACUUUCUCCUUUAUAUUUUUGUUCUUUUCUUUGAUAUUUCUACAACUUGACAAAUCCCAGAGAGAAGUGGGAGACUAGUAAUGAUGAUUCAUAAACAUUUUUGGUGUACUGUAGUGUGAGGAGGGGGGUGAGUAUGGUGCUCAAGGUGGCAGUGUACACUUUCCCUCAUGAAAAAAGUUUAUCCUUCAUCUGGUGAUGAUCCCAUUGUGUUGGUUGUAAUCUCGGCCCCAGUGUGUAAAUGUUUAUCUGAAACUAUAUCACUGCCUCGUUAUAGAUGACUGGUCAAAUAGACCCCAGUUCUUAUAGACUCAACCUAACCCAACUUAACCAUUAAGAUAGGAUCUCAGUCCUAAUGGUUUACCUCAGAUUUAGUUCAGUUAGGUUGGGGUCUAUUAGUUCUAGAGCUCAUUGGACCUAAACUUCUUCCCAUAUACCUGUACCCUCCUGGCCCACAAAAUAAUCCUUACAUAUCAGUGAAAUUGCAUUAUCUUUUAACUAGUUUUUUCAUUGUAAAAUAGAACUUGAGCUAUUCCCAGUUUUGGAUGUGCUUUUCUAUGGACUAUUGAUAUAGAGCCUAUUACAGAGUACUGUCCUCUGUCAUCAAGUCAUUAUUGUGAAUUUCUAAGUCUCAGCAUUGUGCCAAAAUUCACAUAGUUUUAGUAGCUUGUGUUAUAUUCUUCAUACUUGGUGCCUUGGUCUUCCAUACACCUUGCUUCAUGGUCACCUUCUCCAUGUUUUUACUGGCAUUAAUCUGUCUCUUCAGUAUUCCACCAAAGAUUUUCUACCUCCCAUCUUGUUUGUAUUUUGUACAGUACAGAGUUUCAGUUAUGCCUCCUUCAUUCUCGUAAAGUAAUAGGUGUCUUGAACCCUUGUACAGUAGAACAUCAUAACAGAACAUAUCAUCUCAGGCAGUUAGAGAGAAUUAAUGACAAUAAGGGAUAGUUGGUUGGUCUUGUUGUGGCCACUUUGCAGUGUGUUGGGGAAAAGUUUUCAAGAGUUAAAUGUGAUAUGAUUAUAUCUGAAAAGGUAAAACGGAUUUGUGUGCAGUCAAAGUUUUUUUUUAUAGGUAGCAGUGAAGGAGUGAAUUUUUUUAUUGUUGAGUCUCGCAUAAUGACGGAACUGAGCGUAAACUGAAACAAAUGUUUUCUCUGCACUUGAAGACAUAAUUAACUCCGUGAACAGACCAAGAAUGUGUAUCAGUGUAUCCUAAAUUAUGGGAUUGGAGUAGGGAAUCCUUAAUUGCUGGUUGAGGGUUAAGAUUACAUACUGGACUCAAUGAAAUUUUUUUACCUCAUUGAUUAUGAAUACUGUAUACAGCUUUAGGUAGAAUUUAGUACUGUACUGUACAGUGUACUGACAUUAUAAUACUUUAUUAACUAGUAUAUAAAGUGUCCUCCAAAAAAUAAAUGCCUUAAAAAUUUUUGUGGUGGGAGCGUGAAUGUUUUCAUUACAACAGCGAUGUUUUCCCCACUUGUUGAUGUGUGAGGUCACCCAGAAUGCUCUGGGAGACCUCACACAUGAAUGUAUGGAGACAAUGUUACUGUUGCAAUACAAAUAUUCAUGCAAUCACCACAAAAAUUUGUAAGGCAGUGUGCAUAGUUUUUUUAAGUUUUUUGAGACAUCCUUUAUUUUUCACACUUGUAAGCCCUUAACUACUACAGCACAGCUCAGUCAUCAACAACGACACAUUUUCUCCCAUCACUUGUUGUCAUUCAUUCUCUGUGACUCUUGUCAAAUAUGUGUUCAGUAUUUGAGUUAUUUUAUUUUGAGAUUGGAAGCAUUUACUUUUGCCAUAUACAGUAUUAAUACUCUAUUGACAUUUUAAUUUUCUCGUCACAAAUUUGUUUUGUGCACCGGUAAUAAGAUUUUAUUUUGCCUGCCUCUUUUAUGUUGAAAUGUAUCAAGACUGUAGUACUAUUUUUAUUAUAAUGGUAUUUUCAAUUGUAGCUGUAAAAUUGAAACAAUAUUUACUGUUAAAGAAGUUUGUUAAGUACCAGCAAGAAGUAUUGUUUAAACAUUGGAUUAUCACAGCAGUUAUUUUAUUGCUCUUGGUCUUAAUGGUUACGUGGAUGAGCAUUGUCCAGCUCUUCCCUUAGUACUGUCAUGCCAAAUAUUUUUAUAGUGCCGUACUUAACUACAAGAUGGUCACAUGGGAGUGAAUGAAUGCCAUAUCAACCUUUAAUAGAUGAUAUACAGUAUUAAUAUUAUAUGAGGUUUCUCAAAAAAAUGCAUACAUGCUGCUUUACAGAGCUUUUGGCGAUUGGGUGACUGCUUGUAUCACAACAUUGUCCUUACUUGCUGAUGUGUGAACCUUACCACAGGUGAGGACAAUGGUAUUGUUGAAAUACAAAUAUCCAUGUGAUCUCUACCAAAAUCUGUAAGGCAGUCUGUAUUUAUUUGUCUGAGACACCUUGUAUAUUGUUAGUGCCAAUCAGUAGAUAUUAUGAUCAGAAACAAAGUGCCUGGUGUUGACAGCAUAAUGAAAACUGUUAGGCCAGCCAUAAAGGAAGAAUAUUUAUAGUACUUCUGACAAGUUCAACAAGUGAAGACAUUUUGGUACAAUAUUGUAGUAGACAUUGAUGGAGUGACUGACAUAACUGUUGACAAAAAAAACAAGGCACAACUCAUAGUGUCAAGCCAUGUCAUAGUGUACUGUAGUUUGAAUUGUUUGUAUUAAAUGAAUGCAUAAAGACUUAGGUAUUAUAAGUAGGUCACUAUUAUACGGUGUACAACGAGAUAAAUAUAUCAUGCUUAAAAUUAAAUUCAGGUUAUAUAAGAUUAGUGGAAGCACCAGUGACAGUGUUAGAUACGUGUAGAGUUAAGCAGCAUGUGAUAUAACGUGACUUUUUAACAAUAAUAAAACUUAAUGCUAGUGUAAUGAAGUACAGUUCUAUAGUGUGUAUUUAUAAGAAACAAAGAUAAUAAAUACUUAAUGUAAAUAAGAAACUUUAAGAUCAACUGUGUUGGUUAAGUGUAAGUAAUUGCUGUUUGAAGACCAUGAAGUGAAGAAGUAAUUUUCUUCUGUUCAGCAAAAUGGGAAGCACAGUAAGCACUGCACAUUAUCCACAUUUAAACUACUGUACUUAAAUUUUAAUUAUAAAGUUAGAAUGGGAACUCCAUUUUUGACCCACAGGACUUUUAUAAUAUUAAAAGUGUUUUUUAAAAGUUGUUUACCAGAGUGUUGCUUAUUAGUUUAUUGUUUUAUGUAGUAUAAUAUUAUUGGACAGCGUAGUACUUAUUCUGUACCUGUAGUAUUGCUGUAAUAGAGUGAUCUUCAUUUAUCAUUGUAUUUUGUAGUUAAUAUUUAUUCAGAUAUUUUGAUUCUUAUAAUUGUUCAGUAAUAUGUUAAGUGUGGAGCAGUACCAUGGGUGAAGUGUCUCAAACUGGAUAUUGUAAUUUGUGGUGUAGGUGAUAGUGGGGAUGCAUGUAUCGCUGUGUUCAGUCUGCAGUCCAGGACAGAUGUGAGAAGGGUGUUAUCCAGUGUGACCCUACCAAGCAUGGUAGGUUUUCUCUGGGUACUCCAGUUUCAUCUUGGACUAACACUGAACAAUAAAGGUUAUAACAAAGUAACAAAGAAUUGAACAAACGCCCAAACAGCUAAUUGCUGAUAAGUGGUGAAAUGAUAAAUAAAAACUAUAAUAAUAAAUUAUUGUACAGUAUGUUUCUUGGCCAGACUAAAUACACAUAUCACUUUGUGUCCUAAACUAACCAUACCUAACUUGUUACUACAUAAACAAUGUAAAUUUCAUAAUGCUUGAUAAUGAAUAUCCAGUCAGAGUCGCUGCAUUUAAGGUUUGAUUGUGUUAUGUUGUGUCAUCAGUAAAUUCUUUGUUGUUAAUG